GUACUUGAAGAUUAAGCUACUACAAGGAAAGAGAAAGACAAAGAGAAAGAGAAGGAGAAAGAGAAAGAGAGAGAUAUCCACAAAUUAGCAAUGGCUCUGUUGGUUUGCAAGCGCCUACUUCUGCUGGCCUUUCUCAUGCUUUGCAUCAUUUCAGUCCCAGCAACAGCAGCAAGGGUUUUGAGAACAGAUGAAAGGACUAAUAUUGGAGCUGAAAAGGGCCAGAAUGAUGCAAUUAUGCCGAAAGGAAAGUGGGUAGCAGACAGUGAAGAAUUGCUGACAAUGGACUAUACUCCAGCCAAGAAGAAGCCACCAAUUCAUAACUGAUGGCUAGCAUAUAUACACAUAUAAGAGCAGCAAACUAGCUAUAUAUGCGCCUUUUCAUGUAGUAAUUUUCCUUCUUUUUCUUUCUUUCUUUCCCUCUCUUUGUUCAGAUAGAUGAACUAAAUAGAAGUUGUUGAUGAAAUGAGGCUGGAAUUAUGGGGAAAAAAUGAGAUGUCUGGUACAAACAUGUGACUGGAGAUAUAUUUAUACAUGCACAUGUAUAUACAUGCAUGUAUGUGUGUAUAUAUACAGUGGCUAGGGUUUCAUGGGACAACGAACAUUUGGUUUUGAUGAGUAGGUUUUAUACCUGCCAUAGAUAUAUAUAUUUAUUCAUAAGCUUUUAAGUGAUA